AUGGAGCCGCGAUUGCGAUGGCUGAGCACACGCGCUGCGACAGUGGCGGCAUCCGCGUCACCGCCGCCGCCACUCCAGCGACCACCACCACGCACGACUGCCAACACUGGCAGCAGAGUCACUGGCUCAGCAGCAUCAGCAUCAGCAUCCUCCUCGUCGUCGUCGUCGUCGUCGUCGUGGUUUGGCGCGGUUUCCGGCUUUGCACGGCGCAAUGCAACGUACAUUCGCAUUGGCGCGCCCUUCCUGCUGCUCGUCGUCGGCAGCUCAGUCGGCAUGUCGUACAUUGCAGACGCAGCCGUCGAGUACCGCGACUACAAGAACCACCGCAUGGACCGCGAUGAAGCACUCGCCUUUCACAAUAUCAAGAAGCGACCAUUCUCAAUCGAAGACGAAUUCAUGCGAAUGGUCCAAGGUAUGGACAUUGAGCACUGGGAGAACAAGCGAUUGCCCCGAUCCGACGGCGACGCACAGGCGCCUCCAUCCGAGUCCAAGUAAAUCUGAAUGCGCUGGACAAACACAACUUUGACAUGUUUUUUUGAGCAAGCCUUGUGUUGUAAUGAUAUGUGAAACAAGAAGAACACGAAAGAAACGCACAGACACUAAAGAGUAAUACAAUCCAAGCAA